AUAGAAAGGCAUGAGCAUCGAGCUGCUCGUAUAUGGAAAACCAUGACAGGCAGCCGAUGUAGUGCGGAAACAGCUCGGGCGGGAUGUGAUUCUUCGGCGACGAUGAUAUAUCUCAUGGCAUUGUGGUCGCUAGCGGAGGUAUCUACGUCAAAAUAG